UUCACAACUGGUAAAACGGGAUCUCGGUUGGUGACUCAGAGCACGUUGCAGUGGUGCACCUGUGCUACACGUGUGAACCCACUGGGAUUCGUUCGUCUCUGCAGCAGCAGCGACAUGAGCACCUGGUUGGGAGAAUCGAAUUGGAAACUCCACCUAAGGAGGCAUUGAUUAAGAUGAUGCCUUGGAUUUAGCCGGCCCACAUGAGUGAUAUGAAUAAGACACUGGACGAGAUACACACUUCUGGAAGCCUCGGGGAGAGAGCAGAGAUUUUUCAGAGUGGCAAGGGUAAUGUGAGUGGCUUUCCCGGCCCAGCCCUCAUCCCUUUGCAAGAUCCUUUACUAACACCAAAUGCUCAGAGGACCAGGAUUAAGCUCUGCAAGGGAAACAGGAGCCAUAAAGAGGGAGAGGAGCCCUUCUCUUCCCCUGUUCCAAACCCCUUUCCCGAGCUUCUCCCCUCAACCCUGUCCCCCCUCGUCUCUGAAUGUUUGCUACCAUGGACCAAAAGCAGUGCAACUCAGGUAAUUAAAGUGUUUAGUGAAGAUAAUACCAGCAAAGCUGUAGAGGUUCCCACUGAUGUCACCGCCCGGGACAUAUGCCAGCUGUUCGUCUUGAAGAAUCACUGCAUUGAUGACCACAGCUGGACUCUUUUCGAACACCUCUCGCUCCUGGGAAUAGAGAGAAUUAUUGAAGACCAUGAGUCUGUUAUGGAGGUGCUGUCCGGCUGGGGAAUGGACACAGAUAGCCGGCUGUAUUUUAGGAAGAAUUACGCAAAAUACGAAUUCUUCAGGAAACCUCUGGACUUUUUCCCCGACCACAUGGUCUCCAUAUCCAGUGAAACCAAUGGCAUGGUUGAUCACUCUGAGCUCAUACAGACCUUUCUCAAAUCCAGCACUUGUCCAGAGAUCCAUGGAUACCUCCAUGCCAAAGAGCAAAGCAGAAAGUCUUGGAAGAAGUUUUAUUUUGUCUUGCGGAGGUCUGGGAUUUAUUUCUCCAAUAAGGGGACUUCCAAGGAACCCAGGCAUCUCCAGUUCUUUGCCGACUUCAGUGACAACGAUAUCUACACUGUGUUGUCAGCCAAAAAGCUACAUGGAGCACCUACAGAGUUUGGAUUUUGUGUCAAGUCCACAAAGUGCAGCUCGGCCCGGGACUUGAAGCUGCUUUGUGCGGAUGAUGAACAGACCAGGACCUGCUGGAUCACAGCCAUGCGCUUGUUAAAGUUUGGGAUGCAACUGUACCAAAAUUUCAUUCAGCCGCACCAGAAGCAAAAACCAUCACCAAUGAGAAGCAUUUCGGAGAACUCAUUGGUGGCCAUGGACUUUUCUGGCCAAAAGAGUCGGGUGAUCGAAAACCCAUCUGAGGCGCUGUCUGUUGCAGUCGAGGAAGGCCUAUCAUGGAGGAGGAAGAGCUGCCAUCGUCUGAGUGGCCAUGGAAGCCCCUCCACUGCGCAGAGCUCGGUGUCAAACAUAGCUAUCCACAUGGCUCAGCCGUGGUUCCAUGGCAAACUGUCUCGGGAGGAUGCUCAGCGUCUAAUCACUCAGCAGGGUCUCAUUGAUGGAGUGUUUCUUCUGAGGGACAGCCAAAGCAACCCGAAGACAUUUGUACUGUCACUGUGCCACAUGCAGAAAGUCAAGCACUUUCAGAUCUUACCUGUGGAUGAUGAAGGGGAGUUAACCUACAGUCUAGAUGAUGGUCACACCCGGUUCACUGACUUGAUCCAACUGGUGGAGUUUUACCAGCUAAACCGUGGCGUGCUUCCCUGCAAGCUCAAGCACCACUGUGCCCGGAUCACCCUGUGAAUAAGGGACCUAAGGGACCCCCCGCCGCCCUGCCACCCCGCCACCCCACCCCGAGCAUCCAUGCGCACCUUAACUCCAGGUUCUUCGGGACGAACUCUCCCAGUGUUGUUCUCGUGCCUUGAAGAAGAAAGAUGUACAGACUGUUGUUUUCGUUCUGCUGCACACGGUACCACCUCAUUUUUCUUCUUCACAAAAACCUAAAAUCCACGAUAGACUGUAUAAUAAAUGACUACUGGUGCUGAAGACCACAUGCAACAUUAUUUUCCCGGUCCUGUAAUUAGUGUAUAUGUGGAGGUAAAUGCGUUGUGCAAACAUGACAUCUUGACCUGUAUAUUACAAAGCUGAAUGAGUACUUCAUCAUGUCAGUGACAGAAAAUAGUUUUUUGAUGUACAGUAGCAGGAAAUUGAGCUUUUAACUGAAAAUAUUCAGUGGAUUAAGUGCAGUAUAGGUAUGUUGAGCAAUCACAGAAUAUGUACAGUUUCUAUCGGUAGUAGUCAUUGCUUAUUUGUAACCAUAUCUUAACCUGUUCUGUAAAAUAUGACUUCUUAAUUCAUCAUCAACUACAGUAAGUGCUCAGGUGCUUUUUAAAGAAAAUGACUGUUUUUUCUAAUUGGGAGAUAAAAUGACCACUCAGGAAGGGAUAUUGUUUGCCGUCGCCACUGGACAGAGAAAACGAGAAGUCACGAUCAGACGGAGAGACGGCGUGAAACUGCCCUGCUCUGUGCAUUCAUUUUAAAAUGUUUGUGAUUAAAUAAAUGCAUUUGUAUUCACGAAAUUAGCAGUGGGCUUGCUCUAAAACGAGAGCAAGGAAACGGAUGCUACCAAUGCAAGUAAUUCAGAAAGAAAUCUGAAACAUGGCUUUACUGACUCAUUUUGAUCAAAUUUCAAUUCACUGUAUAUUGAAAUUUAGGUUUUAUUUAUUUUUUUUUUUUCCCAGCGAUUCAGGUACACAGCGUGCGACACCUCGGUUGUUCGGAUUACGGCAUUACUACGUCUGUUGUGGCUGUACAAUGUCGGACUGUUUUUGAUGUUAUUCGUACUGCUGUUGGCAUUCAGUGUCGUACAGUUUUUAAAAAGCCAGCAGUGCUUUAGUUUUUUUUUUUUUAAGAGAAACGUUUUAUAUCUCAUAAUUCAUGUUUGUCUUUUCAGCUGGAAUAAUGAAUAAAUGUCACGGACUGCA